AUGAAGGUUGCCGGUUCCCUCGCCGCUUUGGCGAGCCUGUGUGCCAGCGCGCUCGCACUCCCUCCCAACACUCUACACGCACGUCAAGGCACCGCGGCCCCUUUCGCUUCCUCGCAGACUUUCACCAGUCCUCAUGGCACGCUCAGCAUCGCUGUCGACAAGGGCACGGGUGUGCUCACCAGCUUGAAGUACGGACAGCAGAAUGCGGCUUUUGAGUACCUUCCCACCGACCCUAAAAGGACUGCCAAUGGCUACAAUGUAUGUGAUCAGAUUAGUGACUGAUGCUGUCGGUGACUACGCACACUCAUAUCUGAUCGUGGCAUUGUUGACUUCAGCACGUAGGUGACAUUCAAUUGCGAGUUCGCCCUUCCGGCGGAUCGGCUCAGUGGUCCGAUUUUUCUACCGCCGACGUCCGUCGCUCUGCAGUUGCUUCCAGCUCGUCCCAGGCCUGCGCAGCAUCUUCCUUCGUCUGCAACGACGUCACUCCUGCCUUUGCCUUUCCUUCAUCAACACCGCUCUCUGUCUCUCGCAGCUGGGUCUGGGCAGGAGCCGAGGCCAACAAUGAGGCUUUGCAGGUUGUUUACCGUAUCGUCAACAAUGGCGACCAGCCUCUCGAACUCGGGGGACUGGCCUUCCCGCUUGCGUUCUCCAACAAUUGGGAAGGGGCUAGUCAAGACGUCACUUGGGACACCAAGGUCAUGUCCGACCCUGCUAUCAAUCUUGAUCAUGGCUACGUCCUGACGAAUCGCCUUACAGGCACCGGCGCGGCAGUAGUGGUCUCAUCUGGCUCCGAUAUCAAAGCAAAGGGUCAGUCGCAGGCCGUGUGCUCUCAUCCAAUGUUGCCGCUCGCUGACCAGAUUAUGCUCCCAUGCAGCUCCUUUGGAGUCGUAUCGUAUCCUGCCCGCAACCGGCCCUCUUCGCGAAGUGACCCCGCCCUCUUUUGGCUUCGAGGGCAUUUACAGCUGGGCCGUACACACUCUGGGUUUCCAGGCCUUGGACCAGCAAGCUGCGCGCAGCCUUGGUGUCCAGCGCGGGGCAGACUGGAACGACCCAACUUCUUCGACUCUGCAGCCGAAAGAAAGCCGCGACUUUUCCCUGCAAUUCUUUGGCACGCCUGACGGAGCACGUGGAGUGGAAGCGGCGCUCAGAAGACGCAAAGUCGCCACUCUUGUGGGCGUUCCUGGCUACGUCAUUCCUCGCGCUUCGGAAGGCAAGCUCGUCGUUGACUCUGACUCUGCGGUGACAGUAGACAAGAUCGAGCCAGCAGGUGCACUGACUUUGCAGCAAAGCGGAGCUAAGCAAGGCACCAAGACCGUCUUUCGCGUGACACCCGGUGGUUCUACAUUCGGCCGGGUCCGCGUGACGCUACGCUUCGGAGAUGGAACUUCAGCAACGGCUCACUACUUUGUACCAGCCUCGGUCCAGGAUACUCUGUCCGCUCAUGGCAGACACUCCUUUAAUCAGCAAUGGCUCGAUACCCAGCAAGACUUCUUCGACAGGACGCCAAGCGUGAUCACCUGGGACAAAGCCGCAAACGGCGGCCAGGGAGGUCAAGUACUCGACGAUCAACGCGCAUGGGUUGCUGGUCUCUCGGACGAAGGUGGUGCGGGUGCAUACGUCAGCGCAAGCAGCAAAGAGCUCUUGCAACCCGACGCUUCUGAGGUCGCCAAGUUGCAGAGGUUCGCCGAAGAUACACUUUGGGGUCAUUUGCAGCACGACGAAACCGAGCCGGACUUGACCGGUGCUACCCGCAAAAGCCUAUUCUACUACGACCAAACACUCGAAGAUCGUGGUGUGUACCAGCCGGGAGUGCUGCACAGUGGUACUUGGGACGUCAAAGAGGCCACACGCCUCGAUAGGACGUACAAUUACCCUCAUCCCGCCGUCGUGUGGGUGACCCUAUACCGUCUGGGGCGGAAUUACGCAGGCUUGCUGGCUGCGCAGCCCGGGUCCACUUGGCAGACUUAUUUGACUCGAGCUGCCCUGACCCUUCGCGCCAUGAUGAAGCAUGCUGGGCUCAACGCGUACGCUCAAUUCGGAAUGAUGGAGGGCACCUUUUUCGUCGAAUUGCUCAACGACCUGAAGCGCGAAGGUCAGACUAAUGCCACUUAUGCAGAUCUGCACAAAGAGCUCGAGGGCCUCAUGAAGCAGCGUGCGGACCUUUGGAAUGGCGAAAAAUAUCCGUACGCCAGCGAGUCAGUACUUGAGGUGGAACAACGCUGCCGUUGAGAAUGUCCCAAUACUGAUCCCCAGAGCUCUUCAUCUUUCACAGAUUCCCAUGGGACUUUACUGGGCAGGAAGAAGUCCAUGCUUGGCUGGACUACUUCAACUACACCGCCAAGGCUGAUCAAACCGUCGAGACGGUUGUUGCCGGCAUGUCAGCUCCCCCUCAUUGGGCCUACAGUGGCAUCGGACGGUGAGUGAUGCGAGUGGCGAGAAGCUCAAGCGCUGCAUACUGAAGCCAUUGCUAUACCCUCACAGUUCAUACUGGGACUCCUUGUAUGGCGGUCGUCAGCCCCAGCGCAUCGAGCGUCUGCAGCACCAUUACAAGGGCUCGCUCAAUGCGCUGCCGCUCCUGAGCUAUUUCCGCAAGAAUCCUACGGAAGCUAAUCUUUGGCUUCUGCGGUCUGCGUUUGGUGCGAGCACCGGAACGUUGUCGACCGUCGACCAGAGCGGGUGAGAGAUUCUUGGGAUCGCUGGGUCAGCCUGUCGGCGGUGUGGCUGAACCGUUCUUUGUCCUUGGUGCACCGCUAGCUUUGCGAGUAUGGGAAUGCACUCAAACCCGGAUGCUCUGCAAUUCGACACCUUGACUGGUGAUGGAGGCAUGUCCAUGGCCGGCUACGCUCUCUCUUCAGCAUGCUACGUUGUCAAUUCUCAGUCUCUCAGCGGCUGGUCUGCGUUCACCGGUACGCUCUCCCAGCAAGGGUCGCAGAUCACUGUGAAGCCUACCGAUGCAGCUCGUCAACGACUGUUCAUCGCCGCUACGGGGCUCUACGUUCAACUAGACUCUGGAAGGAUCAACUCGGUGACUUUUGCUGCAAGCAAUCCCAGAGACGUUCAAGUUACACUCGACCAAGCCGACCAACACACUCCUAAUGCCGGCAUCCGCUUCGCACAGACCGUCAAGCCCCAAGGCGCCCCGAGUGACUACAUUAUGCAGGCUGGCUUCAAGCAAGAACGGGAUGCGUACGUCGUACCUCUCAAACAAGGCUCCACGACGACCAUCAAAAUCAGUGCUACCUAG